UUCAUCCCCUAAAGAACAACUCACAUGCUUCCCAUCCGAUUCUCCAAAACCCCAUUUAAAAAAAUUUCCCCUCCAUUGAUAACAGUAAAAAAAAAAUUUCAAAAAGGCCAGGAAUCCGUGUUUUUCUAUACCAAACAAGAACAACCCAUGAAAUUCUCUGCUCAAAACGCCAAGAUCCCACGAUUUCCCCCCAAAAUCCCCCUCUCCGGCUAGGUUUUUACCAGUUUAUACUCCAAAUCUAUACUCCCCAGAGCCCCAUUUGGCCAUUUCUGUGCACCCCUUUGAGCCCCUUUCCUGCUCGUUCAAGCAAGCGGCUGCAGUACAUAUACAUCCAUAAUCGUUAGCUUUAAAUGCAAUCAAUGGCCCCACAACUACAUGCUUAACUCUUUUUUUUGCCUCUUCUUCUUCAAAUAUUAUAUUGUUUUUCUGUUGAUCUUCGCUUCAUUCCCUCUCCCCAUGUCUUAGAUUCAGUAUUUUCUUCCAUUUUUCAAGAUUUGAGCGAUUUCCCUGUUCUGGGUUUCUUGUUUUUUGUGUUGGUUUUGCCUCUUUUGGGUUUGGAUUAUGAUCCAUCAUCACCUCUCUGUUCUAUCUCUUUUGGUAAUGAACUGGGUGUUAUAGAUUAGGGGUGAGUAAUUUUAGAGGCUAUAAUGGUUGGAACGCCGACUAAUGGAAGGGCUCGGUUGGCCUUCUCGGUGGUUAACGGUGGACAGGAGCUUUGUCUUACUAGUACUCCGACGAGCAUUGCUGGCUCUGAUUACGGUGGCAUUGAGUUCACUAAAGAAGACGUCGAGGCUCUGUUGAAUGAGAAGCUUAAAAGGAAGGAUAGGUUUAAUCUUAAGGAAAAAUGUGAUAACAUGGUUGAAUACAUUAAAAAGCUUAAACAAUGCAUCAAAUGGUUCCAAGAGCUUGAAUAUAGCUACUUAUUAGAGCAGAAGAAGCUACAAGAUGAGUUGGAGUCCUCUGAGAUCAAGUUCAGUGAAAUGGAGAUGAUAGUGAAGAAGAAAGAGGAAGAAUUGAAUUCGAUUGUCGUGGAGCUUAGGAAGAACAAUGCUUUUUUGCAAGAGAAAUUCACGAGAGAAGAAUCGGAUAAGUUGGCUGCAGUAGAAUCUCUCACCAAGGAGAAAGAGGCUAGGUUGAUCAUGGAGAGGUCACAGGCUUCAGCCUUUGAGGAGCUUGCAAGGGCUCAACGUGAGCUCUCGAGUGCGAAUCAAAAGAUAUCGUCUCUUAACGAAAUGUACAAGCGGUUGCAAGAUUACAUUACUAGUUUACAGCAAUAUAACGGCAAACUUCAUACGGAGCUUUCGACAGCUGAAGAUGACCUCAAACGCGUAGAGAAGGAAAAAGCUGCCAUGGUGGAGGAUCUCGGUAUGAUCAAGGGUGAACUUGCUCUAUCUAAAGCUUCUCAAGACGAAGCAGUAAAGCAAAAGGAUGCUAUGAUGAACGAAGUUACGUGUUUAAGAAGAGAAAUACAACAGGUUCGAGAUGAUCGAGAUCGUCAACUAUCUCUGGUUCAGAAUUUGUCGGACGAAGUAGAGAAGUGCAGGGAGUCUGCGGGAAAGUACUGCGAGGAGCUGAACGAAAUGAAGGAAAAAACAAAUGAAUUAGAGGCAACGUGUUCUUCACAAAGUAUCGAGCUAAGAACAUUGCAAAAUCAUCUAGCUGCUGCAGAAAACAAGCUGCAGGUCUCUGAUCUAACUGCGAUGGAGACGAUGCAUGAAUUCGAAGAUCAAAAGAGGCUCGUACGUGAGUUACAACAACGACUUGCCGAUGCCGAAAAUAAGCUUAUGGAAGGAGAGAAGCUUCGGAAAAAAUUGCACAAUACCAUCUUGGAAUUGAAAGGGAACAUUCGUGUAUUUUGUCGAGUACGACCUCUGUUACCUGAUGAACGUUCUAGUCCCGAAGGAAAUUUUAUCUCGUAUCCGUCGUCGGUGGAAUCUCUUGGACGAGGGAUUGAUCUCGUGCAAAAUGGACAAAGACAUUCUUUCUCAUAUGACAAGGUUUUCGCUCCAGAAGCUACACAAGAAGACGUCUUUGUAGAGAUUUCCCAGCUCGUUCAAAGUGCCCUCGAUGGAUAUAAGGUUUGCAUAUUCGCCUAUGGACAAACGGGUUCGGGAAAAACCUAUACGAUGAUGGGUCGACCAGGGCUCCUCAAGGAGAAGGGACUGAUACCUCGAUCGUUGGAACAAAUAUUUCAAACGAGACAAUCUCUUCAACUCCAGGGUUGGAAAUAUGAAAUGCAGGUAUCGAUGUUGGAAAUAUACAACGAAACGAUCUAUGAUUUACUAUCAACAAAUCGAACAGCUCCAGACGUGCUACGAUCAGAAAAUGGUUCUCCUAUAAAACCGUAUGCAAUCAAACACGAUGCAAGUGGAAAUACUCAAGUUUCGGAUCUUACAGUCGUGGAUGUUCAUAGCGCUAGGGAGGUCUCGUUUCUAUUAGAGCAAGCUUCUCGGAGCAGAUCCGUUGGCAAAACCCAAAUGAACGAGCAAUCAUCAAGAAGUCAUUUCGUGUUCACACUCAAAAUAUCCGGUAUCAACGAGAGUACCGAUCAACAAGUACAAGGCAUUUUGAACUUAAUCGAUCUUGCCGGGAGCGAGCGUCUUUCCAAGAGCGGGUCAACCGGAGAUCGACUGAAAGAAACCCAAGCCAUAAAUCGAAGUUUAUCGUCUUUAAGCGAUGUUAUAUUUGCUUUGGCGAAGAAGAAAGAACACGUUCCAUUUCGAAACUCGAAGCUUACCUAUCUUCUUCAGCCAUGUCUGGGCGGAGAUUCGAAGACGUUGAUGUUUGUAAAUAUCUCUCCUGAUUCGUCCUCGGCCAGUGAGUCACUCUGCUCGCUUCGCUUCGCUGCCCGGGUUAACGCUUGUGAGAUUGGUACUCCUCGACGUCUAACCAAUACUCAAUCUUAAGAUUUAUGCUCGAGAUUUGCCGAAUCGAUAGUGAAAUAUGAGAAUGAUUCUGACUUAGGCUUAGUUGUGUAUAGCAAAAGAGAUCUGAUUGUAUUAAUGAAAUUUAGAUCUUUUUCCCCUUUUAAUUAUCAAAUCUUGCUGCAAA